AGCAGGUCCCCCUCCGCCCUACUCAGCAUGCUCAUUGGCCAUCCCAGCAUGCCCUACAUCCAUAAAUACGAGGUCCCUGAGUCUGGGAGCUUUAGGAGACACACCGAGGUACAUCCGACCUGGCGGCAUCUCUUCUACCCUCCUUGACACCCUGUGGAUUCAGACGGGAGAAGUCAAAUUUGGAGACCCACAGAGGACUCGACUCAGAGCUACCAAACCUCGGCUGCUCUUCUCCAGCCCCUGUGACCAGCUCAGGGCAGGCACCUGUGCCCUAAGCCGCUGAACUUUGCAGCAUCCCUGGACAUCUGCCUCUUGGAAGUCCCUCCUGCUCUAUACCACUCCACCACACCGGAUUCUGUUUGCCUCUUUUCCCAAAUCACCAAGACUUCAGAACCCAACACCACCUCCAAAACACUUUACUCUUCCUCAUAACCCACGUGUCUCCUGCUACUAUGAGCUGCCCCAUUGACAAAAGGCGUUCUCUGAUUGCCUUCCUGAGCCGGCUGCGGGACCUUGGGCAGCCCCCUAGAGGAGUGACAUCCAAGGCGUACGCUUCCCGAGAGCCAAAAGAGGUACCCCUCUGCCCGCUGGUGACAGGUGGUGAGAGUCGGGACGCCACCUCCCUGCCUGGACCAACCAACUGGCCACUGCUAGGCAGUCUACUCGAGAUUCUUUGGAAGGGUGGCCUGAAGAAACAGCAUGACACUCUGGUAGAGUACCACAAGAAGUACGGCCAGAUUUUCCGGAUGAAGCUGGGCUCCUUCGACUCGGUGCACCUGGGCUCGCCGAGCCUGCUAGAAGCUCUAUACCGGACGGAGAGCGCGCAUCCCCAGAGACUAGAAAUCAAACCCUGGAAAGCCUAUCGGGACCACCGCAACGAGGGCUAUGGGCUGCUGAUCCUGGAAGGAAGAGAGUGGCAGAGGAUCCGCAGCGCCUUCCAAAAGAAACUGAUGAAGCCGGUGGAGAUCAUGAAACUGGACAAUAAGAUCAAUGAGGUCUUGGCCGAUUUUAUGGGGAGGAUAGAUGAGCUGUGUGACGAAGGAGGCCGCAUCAAAGACUUGUACAGUGAGCUGAACAAAUGGUCCUUUGAAAGCAUCUGCCUCGUGUUGUACAAGAAGAGAUUUGGGCUCCUCCAGAAGAAUGCUGAGGAAGAAGCUCUGACCUUCAUUACGGCCAUCAAGACGAUGAUGAGCACGUUUGGGAAGAUGAUGGUGACCCCCGUGGAGCUGCACAAGAGCCUCAACACCAAAGUGUGGCAGGCACACACUCUGGCCUGGGACACCAUUUUCAAAUCAGUAAAGCCUUGCAUCGACAACCGCUUGGAGAAAUAUUCCCAGCAGCCUGACGCAGAUUUCCUUUGCGACAUUUUCCACCGCAAUCAUCUUUCCAAGAAAGAACUGUACGCGGCUGUCACGGAGCUUCAGCUCGCUGCGGUGGAGACGACAGCCAACAGCUUGAUGUGGGUUCUCUACAAUCUAUCCCGGAAUCCCCACGUGCAAGAGAGGCUUCUUCUGGAAAUCCAGAGCGUGUUGCCUGGGAACCAGACGCCCUGGGCGGAAGAUGUGAGGAAUAUGCCCUACUUAAAGGCCUGUCUAAAAGAGUCCAUGAGGCUUACCCCAAGUGUGCCGUUUACAACUCGGACUCUCGACAAGCCGACGGUUCUGGGUGAAUACACUUUGCCCAAAGGAACAGUGUUAAUGCUAAAUACCCAGGUGCUGGGCUCCAGUGAGGACAACUUUGAAGAUUCCAAACAGUUUAAACCUGAACGCUGGCUUCAAAAGGAGAAAAAGAUCAAUCCCUUUGCCCACCUCCCAUUUGGCCUUGGGAAGAGGAUGUGCAUCGGGCGUCGACUGGCUGAGCUGCAGCUCCACUUGGCUCUUUGCUGGAUCAUCCAAAAAUAUAAGAUUGUGGCUACAGACAAUGAACCUGUCGAGAUGCUGCAUCUCGGCAUCCUGGUACCCAACCGGGAACUGCCCAUUGCAUUCUGUCCACGGUAGGAUGCUAAGAUUUUUUUUUCCACCGAGAUCAAGACCAGCAAUCUUUCCCUUUCUGCAAAAACGGUGCUUAUGGCUUCGGUGUUCCUAGAUGGCAAACGUCAAGAACCUGAUCAUGGGACAGUCUGCCAUGGAUGGAGCACAGUGCCUUCUGUAGAACUAUUCUAGAAGCUAUUGUCUACUCAAUGAUGUUUACAGAGACCCAUCAGCUCAGGGAAGCCCAUGAAGUGUGGGCAUGCCAGCCCUACCCCCAGACUGCACCACUGGUUUACAUCAGCCAAUCACAACCCUCCUCCCUUCUGUGGACUUGAUCAAGAACCUGCUGCCCAUCCCUCUUCUGUGAUAUCACUAGGAGGCCAACAGUCAGCCAUUCUAGCAAAGGUUGCUAAGCGUUUCUGCUCUCAAGCCCAAAGAAGCAUCCUUAAUUCUCAUUUCCAGUUUACAAAGAAAGUCCUGUUAUGGCUUAAUUGUCUGGGGAUCUGAGAUGGUCUGACAGCCCAUUUAUUAUAACUCUGUUUCUGCCAGAUUACAGACUGAAUAUUUUGAGAAAUUCUUUAGUGAAGCCAGCUCCUUGUUUGAGAAUGCCUUGCUCAUGCAGGGGACUGUGUAACUUUUAUGUCAUCGGUACCCUUUCCUCCGCGGUCUUGGAGUGUGGAUGAAUGAAAUCAGCAGUUUCUAAGCUGUGCAUGUGCUGACACGUGUGUGUGAGUGUGCAUGUAUGUUUGACUGUGAGCUCUAGGCUUCAGUCUGCUUUCACAGAGAUGACACAGGGUACCCAAUUUAGGGUACCCACAGUGCGGGGCUGUGUCCUGAGAUUUAGUCACCGCUCAAAGGUACUCAUUAAAACUCUAAGAAUGGGGCUUUCCGUGCCUUAAUUUCUUUGUCUAUUCAAAGUGAUAACGGUAAUAGAUGUGUACUUCGAGACUACCUGUGCGGCUUAUGUAGUGUGACUUGAGGCCCCCAGGAAAGCAUGAUGUCAUCAGCGCAAAAUGUGGAAUUAUGCACGGCUCACAAACUUAGACAUGUUUAUGCGUGACUUGUGCAUUUUCUAACCAGCACUGUUUUCUAUAGAAGUUUACUGUUUAUGUCUGUAUAUUUGGUAAAGAUUUCCCUUUUAGGUUAUGGUUUUAGGAUAAUUCGGAAUAUGCAUCCAUAUGUACAUUUGAAUGAAUAUGUGUGUACGGCUAGUAGAGGUUUGUCCCUUCUCUCUCUUGUGAGAUUAUUUUUAGAGUUAUCGAUCCAGAGACUAAAGAUGUAAUUCCAUGGCAAGAGUGUCCGCCUAGUCUAUGUGAGACCUGGGUUCAAGCCCAGGACUGCCAGAAAAUAAAAGGUAAAAUAAA